ACCCCAAAAAUAGUUCCAAAACAGGAAGAAGGCUUCGGUGGGAAAUCAACCGCGGCGGGGUGCAAUUCUGUUAGAGAGAGCGAGAGAGAGAAACCCAUCUCCAUCCAUCUCUUUCAUAUAGAAAGUCAAGAAUCAGAAAGAUAGCUCCUUUUCUUCAUUUCCCCAAACAAGAAAUAGAGCAUCUCCUCUCUUGAAGCUUCACAAAUCUGCGGACAAAUUCUAACUAACAUAGUUACAGAGAUAUAUAGGGUAGUUUUUAUUUACACUAUCAUUUAUCCCAGGUUGAUUUUAAGAGAGAGAGAGAGAGAGAGAGAGAGAGAGAGAGAGAGAGAGAGGUUUUGUGGGUAUUUUAGAGAGAGAAUGGUGGAGGAGGGAGAGGAGAGCAGCAGUGAGUCAGGGUUACGGAGGAGAUCAUCGGGGCCGUACGACUGGGUGACGAGUUUUCAGAGGGAUCUGAUGGCGGGGGCGGUGAUGGGGGGACUGGUGCACACGAUCGUGGCCCCAAUGGAGAGGGCAAAGCUGCUGCUGCAGACCCAGGAGAGCAACGCCGCCAUCGUGUCCGGGCCCCACCGGAGGUUCAAGGGGAUGGCGGAUUGCAUAGUCCGUACGGUGAGAGAGGAAGGGAUUCUCUCUCUUUGGAGAGGCAAUGGUAGCAGUGUCCUCCGGUAUUACCCCUCUGUUGCCCUCAAUUUCUCCCUCAAGGAUCUCUAUAGAAACAUCUUACGUAGUGGCAACUCUCUGGACACUCAUUUUGUCUCCGGUGCUUCAGCCAACUUCAUUGCUGGAGCUGCAGCCGGUUGUACAACACUGAUUAUCAUCUACCCACUUGAUAUUGCCCAUACCCGCCUAGCCGCUGAUCUAGGAAGACCCAACUCGCGUCAGUUCCACGGCAUCUCUCAUUUCUUAACUACCAUAUACAGAACAGACGGCAUCAGAGGGAUUUACAGGGGACUUCCUGCCUCUCUUCAAGGGAUGGUUGUUCACAGGGGCCUUUACUUUGGAGGUUUCGAUACGAUAAAAGAGAUGAUGUCGGAAGACAAAAAUAAGCCUGAGUUGGCGUUGUGGAAGCGGUGGGUGGUGGCUCAGGCGGUCACAACUUCCGCCGGAUUGGUUUCGUAUCCGCUUGAUACGGUUAGGAGGCGGAUGAUGAUGCAAUCUGGUUUAGAACAUGCAAUGUAUGGUAGUACCAUGGACUGUUGGAAGAAGAUUUAUCGGACGGAGGGAGUGGCCUCAUUUUACCGUGGGGCCCUUUCGAACGUGUUUAGGAGUACUGGUGCUGCUGCCAUAUUGGUCUUGUAUGAUGAGGUGAAGAAAUUUAUGAAUUGGAGAAGAUUGUAGCAGGAUUUAUUUUUCUUGCUUUUAUGUUGGAGUUCUUCUCAUCUAAAGGGAUUUUUAGAGUAGUUCAAGAAAAUGACACAGCAACAGAAAUCUUUUUUUUGGUGGACAAAGGGAUUUGAUACAGUUGUAGUGUGAUAUAUGUACCUGUAGAUGAGGCUCAUUUGCCAUGAAUGUAACCCUUUUUGAGGCUGUGGCAAUUGCACAAAGAUUUUUUGGCUGACCAAUAAUAGAACAGAAAUUUGGUGGAA